AUGAUGCAAGUGCAGGGGGCAACGCUGCAGCGCUGCUCGUGCGUCUUGGCAGUUCUGGUGCUGCUCUGGAGUGGCGGUCUGGCCCAGUUACAGGUGCAGGCUCAAAGUGGCUAUAACUAUGGCCGUCCCGAGGUGGCCAGUGUGGGUGGAGUCACCGCUGGGGGUCGCUUAACCCCCGGUCCAUAUCCCACGGCGGCUGCUCUUCCACUGACCCCUGCUCCGGCCACCACUGCGUAUGGAGGAGCGGGCCUCUUUCCCUCACCCGCCGUUGGUUUUACGCCCAGCGGUCAGGCUACCACGGCAUUUGGUGCACCUGCCGCAGUGGGACCGAGUAACACUAUUAGCCAGCCCAGGAGACCUGCGUCGGGAGGAAUACCAUCGCCAUCCUCACGUAGUGGUCCCUACGGCCCACAGACGCCGCAGUAUGGCAACGCACCUGGCGGCUCUGCCAUUCGUGUUCCCAGUGGGACAACUGGUGCGGAUAAUGGAGACUACAGCGAUGCCGAUGGCGACUACUCAGCCAUUCCGGGUGUGCCGGGAGUGGACUAUCCCAUUUACGCCCAGGUGCCACGCACGAAUUUCGACUGUUUGCAGCAGGCCUUGCCCGGAUAUUACGCUGACAUCGAAGCCCAGUGUCAGGUUUUCCACAUCUGCGCCCUCAACCGAACGUACUCCUUCCUGUGUCCCAAUGGCACCGUGUUUAGCCAGGAGACGCUGGUCUGUGUGUGGUGGAAUCAAUAUGACUGCGUCUCGGCACCUAGUUUAUAUGCCAACAACGCCUACAUCUACGACUACUCCGAACGAAGUGGCUCCAACUUGGCCACACAGUCCAAUGCCAACGCAUAUCGACCGAGUGCCGCUACCACAACUGCCUUCGGAGCACCUGUUGCCACAGCUGGAACCCUUCGCGCCACCGCAAUUCCAACUCAAGUGGCUGGCUACAAUGCUGGAAGGGGUUCGUAUCCCUCGGCUACGCCCACACCCACCGUCCAGGCUCAGAGUCCCUACGGUGCCGGUGCCGUCCUCCGGCCCGCCAUUGUCCCAGGUGGUGGGACAAAUCGUUUGGCACCGACUGCAGCUGCCGCCGGUCUGCUGGCCACCGCCGCUGGAACACUCCCCGAGAGCUCAUUGGCUACCUUUGGCCAACAGCCCCAAGCCAGCGGAAACCGAGAGUAUCUGCCACCGGCCAGCGCUGGACAGCAACGGCAGCGCGGUGGUGGCUCCACCGCAUAGUUGACGCAACACCUCCGACCCCUGGCACUUGUACCCGGAUUUAUGGCAUUAGAUUUAGUUAUCCUAGGCUUAACUUCUUUUUAAAUUGUUAGGAGCUCCGAGCAUAGACCCUUAUGGUUAGUUUUAGAACCCAAGCAUUGAAAUAUACUACAAGAAACCUCAUUGAC